CACUGUGGUCUAGCCCGGCCUCAAGAAAUCUAUACUAGAGGAAACAGAAGAGUAAACAGGAAAUUUUUCCACACCAUCCUCCUCCGGAAGGCAUCUCACUCCUGUGCAUCUCCAGGGCCCCUGGGACCAGCAUCCAGCAGGUCCUGGACUAGGUCUGUCUCUAAACUAGAAGGCUGGUGGCCAGACUUGUGCAUGAAGAAAAAAAGCAGCAACUGGAAAGAGCUGACAGAACCCAAGGGGGCAAGCCAGGUCUCAGAGGAAGAGGAAGGCAAGGGCAAGCUGAGCUGUCACAACCAGAGGGGGACUGGCAGUCUUCCUUACCAGGCACUUAAAUGCUCAUCGAAGAGUCACCCCAUGAACCGUGAUGAGAGACAUGAAAAAAUGCAAGACACUGAAAAUCAUUCACCGUCAAAUAAAACACUGCAAAGACCUGAUAGUCUUGAAAAUAAAUAUAGUGACAGCACAGGUCACAGUAAUGCAAAAAAUGUGCAUAUUCACAGAGUUCAAGAGAGAGAUAGUGGGACCAAUUACUCUCCACAGGAUAAUUCACACAACCAUAGUGCUCUUCAUAGUUCAAAUCACAUUCUUCUAAUCCAAGUAAUAAUCCAAGCAAAACUGAAGAUGCACCUUAUGAUUCUGAAGAUAACUAGUCUGAGCAUAUUAGCUCUUCUGAGGAAAAAUAUGACUACAAUUUUCAAACAGAAAUUUCACAGAGGAAAAACAAAAGAAUGGCUUGAAAUAAAAAAGAGACAAAAAGAAGCAAAGAAGAUAGAAAUUAAUAGCUUCCCAAAAGGUAGGGAUUACAGAAGGGAAAUGAUGCAAGCAAACAGCCACUAGUGGGUUUGCCAAUGGAAUGGGAGACAGGCAUUCCAGCGAUGCCAGUAGAUUGUUCCCACAGAAUAUUUUGCCUCAAAUAAGCAGACACAAUUAUACAGACUACAGACUGCCAAGAGCAGAGACAUACAGUAGUUCUACACCAGUAUAGCACCCCAUCAUACCAGUGUUUCAUGCAACUAUUACCCCAAACACUCUUCCUUCUAAACCAUUUACAUUAUGGCUGAUCAUGAGCCAAAUAAAUCAUCUGAUGCUAAUGGAGCAUCUACUUUAUCAAUACUGCCUACACCCACAUCUUCUGUCCCUGCACAAGAAACAGAAAGAAAAGAUAUGCCAUGCUGAACUACAGUUUUUUUUUUUUUUUAUGUUUAUUUUUGAGAAGAGAGAGUGACAGAGCAUGAGUAGGGGAGGGAAAGAGAGAGAGGGAGACACAGAAUCCAAAGCAGACUCCAGGCUCUGAGCUGUCAGCACAGAGCCUGACGGGGCUCGAACCCAGCAACCUUGAGAUCAUGACUUGAGCCAAAGUCGGAUGCUUAACUGACUGAGCCACCCAGGCACCCCUGAACUAUAGUUUCUGAGUUUCUGAUUAUAUUACAUUAUUUUCAUUUGGUUAACUAAGACUCUUAAUUAUAAAUUUUUUUUUACAGUCUUUUAGAAUGUUACUGCAUAGAUUUAGAUCUAGAUUUAGCCAUAUUUAGCUUUUUAAAAAAUGUUUUUUUAAUUAAGAAGACUCAGAACUUUUUUUUCCCUUUGACACUUUGAAGUCAAGUGCUUCAGUUAUAACAGUUACUAAAGAUUUAAAUAACUGUCAAAGCCAGAUGCCUGUCUUUUAUAUUUGUAUAAAGUAAUUUUCAGUUUUUGCUAUAAUUGUCAUGAUAGUUUAGUUUAGAUAUUGUCUCACUUUUUUUUUAAUUAAAAUUUAAUAUGAAGGGGGGAGUUGGUGCAGCUACUAUGUAAAACAGUAUGGAGGUUCUUCAAAAAAUUAGAAAUCGAACUACCAUAUGAUCCAGGAAUUCCACUUCUAGGUAUUUAUACAAAGAAAACAAAAGCACUAACUCAAAAAGGCAUAAGCACCCCAUGUUCAUUGCCAAAUAAUUUACAGUAGCCAAGACAUGGAAACAACCUGAGUAUUCAUUAGUGGAUGAAUGGAUAAAGAAAAUGUGUUGUGUAUAUACAGUGAAAUAUUAUUCAACCUUAAAAAAGGAAUGAAAUUAUGUCAUUUGUAACAACAUAGAUGGACCUUGAGGGCAUUAUACUAAGUGAAAUAAGUUACAUAGAGAAAGAUAAAUACUGUAUAAUCUCACUUGUAUGUAGUGUCUUGAAAAAUCAACUUGCAGAUAUAAAGAAGCAGAUAAUUGCCAGAGGUGAGGGCUAGAGGGUGGGAAAGAUUGGUUAAGGGGGGGGGAGGGUCAAGAAGUACCAACAUCCAGUUAUAUAAUAAAUAAGUCAUGGGGAUAUAAUGCAUAGAUAACAUGGUGACUGUAGUUAAUAGGACUAUAAAGCCUAUUUGAAAGUCUGUACGUCUCUAUGGUCUUUAAAGUUCUCAUCACAAGAAAAAUAAUUUUUGUAACUACAUAUAGUGACAGAUGCUAUCUAGACUUUUGAUCAUUUUGCAAUAUAUGUGAAUAUUGAAUUAUUAUGCUGUACACCUGAAAAUUGUAUAAUGCUUAUGUUAAUUAAGCCUCAAUUGAAAAAAUAAAAAUAGACAUUCCAUCUGAAAGAAGUGAUACAGCAAAACUUGAAUAGUGAUUUAACAUUUGUUGAUACAAAGACAUGAUAUUAUGCCUGAUUUUAGAUAAUCUGGUGGAGUAAGAAAAGGGGGGGCAAUAUACAGGAC